CAGGCCUUGCCUGGUCUGCCUGACUCUGCCAUGGGCUGCAGGCUCCUCUGCUGUGUGGCCCUCUGCCUCCUCCAAGCAGGUUCCUUGGACACAGCUGUUCCCCAGACUCCAAAAUACCUGGUCACACAGACAGGAAAGGAGGAGUCCGUUAAAUGUGAACAAAAUCUGGGCCAUGAUGCUAUGUAUUGGUAUAAGCAGGACUCUAAGAAAUUGCUGAAGAUAAUGUUUAGCUACAAUAACAAGCAGCUCUUUAUAAAUGAAACAGUUUCAAAUCGCUUCUCACCUGACUCUCCAGACAAAGCUCGUUUAAUUCUUCACAUCAAGUCCCUGGAGCUUGGUGACUCUGCUGUGUAUUUCUGUGCCAGUAGCCAAGACACAACUCUGCAGAGUCACCGCAUCCCUGUGCACAAACCUCCCGGCUCAGCCAGGAAGCUGUGGGCCAGUGUGUGCACCUGCACCCAAGGCUCCAGUCUCCACUGUCUGAUGGCCUCUGAUGGAGUUUCAGUCUGUAGUACAGCCGUAGAUCAGGAGAGGCAUAAUAAGAAGGUAAGUAGUCAACAAAGCCAAAAGAAGAUUGUAGGUUCUAAAAUAGUUAAAGAUGAGUCGGACCCCACAGAUACUGGAAUUACCCAGACACCAAAAUACCUGGUCACAGGAAUGGGGAGUAAAAGGACACUGAAAUAUGAGCAACAUCUGGGACAUGAUUCUUUCUCUCGCUUAUGCCUUCAUGUGGUCGCGCUGCAGCCCGAAGACACAGCAGCCAAGACACAGCCCUGCAGAAUCAUCGCCUCCCUGUGCGACAGGAACCCGUGGGGGCAACGCGUCCAGCAGAGCCUCAACACUUGGUUCAGCAUUCCAUAG